GAUCGUACAUCUUGCAUCGAUGUUCAGCCUUCAAUUAUUAUAAAUUAGCAAAACCUUCGAUUGAAAUUAAUUUGUUCAGCAAGCAAUACGUUUCGUUGUAUAAAGCAGCUAGCAGUGCUUCUUUGCUGAUUUCGUAGUUUCCAGCAUCUCCAAGGUUCAGCACCGGCGCACUGGGAGUCCGGAGACCAUUCUAUUUUUUCGUUAUUGCCACUAGUAGUAGUAAUUUCUUUUGUGUACACGCCUACCAUUUUCAUCCCACAAUGAUGCACUUCAGCCUGACGAUCGUCUAUUUUUUCGCGCUGCUGUGCUCCUGCCAUGGGAAGGAAUAUUAUUGGACCGUGAAAGUGAUGCCCGGUUUGCGGGAAUGCUUUUAUGAGACGGUAGAGACGGGCACGGAAAUUGAAGCUGAGUUUCAGCUUCUGUCUGGUAGCCAGACUAGUGUAGACUUUGAGAUCUCGGCGCCGAACGGGCGGAUGGUGUAUACGGAGAGGCAGCAGAGCAGUGGUGCCUAUGAUCACACGGCAGAGCAGACGGGUGACUAUGAGUUUUGCAUCAACAACCAGUUUGGCUCCUGGGGUGAGAAGCUAGUCUUUCUGGACUUGGCGUUUGACCGCUCGCCUCACUUGCCUGAUGAUGUCCCUACCGAGGACCAUGAACCUGGACAUGAAGCUGAGGAAUCUGCACAGGGAAUGGGCGAAAGUCUGCGGAAGGUGGGCCAACAGCUCGACCAAGUGCGUACCAUUCAGGAGUACCUGCGAGUUCGCGAGGCACGGCAUCGCCAUACAGCCGACGACAAUUUCAAUCGUGUGCUUGUAUGGUCUGUGUGUGAAUGUGCCGCUCUCAUUUUCAUCGGCUCUGUUCAAGUGUUUGUCCUAAGAAAGUUCUUUGAGAAUAGCGGCAAGACGACAGCAUAGGCAUAGGCCAGGAGAAUUUUAUACAAACAACACCCAGUGACUCUGAUCCUGGUGAUUGUGUGAGUGUGCUGCUGCUGCUGCUGCAGCUGUUCCACUUGCUGGUGACGGUGUACUCUGCUUAUUGCUCUUUGGUGAGUAAUGCUACGAUAUAAUAAUUGUAGUGGUGGCAGUGUGGCGUAUGCUGAGCACUGUGUUCACUCGUACUCCUCGGACUGUCUUUUCGGACAUGGUUGUACACGGGGUGCACAUAUUUGAGCUCCAUUUCAGCUUCACCUGCCUCAAGAUCAGCAGCAUCACUGACGAUCAUUUUUGAUCAUCUGGAACAACUACUUUGUCCAUGCUGUACAAAGUACUUUUAUCACAGCAAUAAAUGUGUGCUCACGACUUCUUCUUUUUUCGAUAUUUCCUCUAGGAUUUUUUUGCUUUUGCUUCAGCGUUCAUUGGUCAAGAUGGGACUCGUUUACUGCUGUAAGCUUUAAAUGCUGGAUUUUUGCUGUGUCUAAAUGUGAGAUGCAACCUCAAU